AUUAUUCCCCUUCUAGAAGUGUGAAUUACCCAAGUGUGAAGUUACAUUUUGUGAGGGAGCCAUUUUUUGUUCUUACAUGCCACAUGGUUAUGGUGCACAGUUGGAGAGGGUGCUCUGGAAGGAAAGCUCUCCUGCAUCCAUUGCGAGGCUCGGCUUGGCUACUUCAAUUGGUCAGGCAUUCAGUGCAAUUGCGGAAGUUGGAUCACCCCUGCCUUUCAGCUCCACAAAAGCCGGGUGGACCUCAGCACUUUGUGAAAUUUCAUCACAUGUGAGAUCAGGCAUCGCCCCGCUACAGAGAUCUAAUUGGGCUACCAAGACAGUCAAAAGGACAUAUUGGUCAUCCCCAAAACCUUGUGUUCCUUUUCAGAAUUCACUCCUCCAAUAAUAAUCUGAGACUUUGCUUGGUUGAUAUAUAAUCUUGUUGUUUGAUAGAAUUAACAGGAUCCUGCCUUUAGAGUUCUCAUCACUCAUCAGACUACAAUCAAUUCAUCAGCAAAACAAAAGUUAAUAACUUUUAACUCUUUGCACAUGAGAUGUUGUUCUGAAUCUACCAUCUUGUGCAUGAAGCUUGUACAUCUGAUCCCCCCCCUUUAAAGAACCUUUGGCUCUCUCCAACCAAUGAAUUUUGAAAUGAAAAUUUAGAGUACUG